AUGUCGUACCCUAAUUUGUUCUUGUUCUAUUUAGACCUACAGAAAAAAUCGGACAAAGUUGGUCAAUCCUGGAAAUCGGACAGCACAGUGAAAUUAUGCUUCAAUGAACAUGGCGGUUUGGAAGUCUUUGCUAGACACGAGAUCUCCGCUCAGAUCUCACAGAAUAAUGAUGUCUUGCCUGGAGCUUCAAGGCAUCUUCUAGAUCUUCAUCGCCGACUAAAGUCGAUGGAAAACUGGUUUAAAGACAUAGAAAAAUCUAUGAAGGAUUUCAAAAAUAUUUUUGAUAAUCUCAAAAAUCUUCAUAGUACUGAGGAAAAAAGAUUGAAUGAGCUUGAAAAUCUAGUAAAUAAGGAACAACUCCGAAUUGACGAUCAGGAUAAAAACCAGUUACUUAGCCAACGUCGACUAGCUGAUCUUGAAAAUAAACAACAAACAGAUCGCCGAGAUAUCAUUGCGCUGAGGGAACAACGAGCAACUGAUAAACAAGCAUUGGAGGAAUUUGUUAAAAGGCGGACAUCUGAUCUGGAUAAGAUAGCGGAAUUAACCAGUUUACGCCUAGUCGAUCAGUAUCGGAUAUCCGAACUAGUGAGUAUGCGUCAAAAUGAACAACGACGAUUAUCGAAUUUGGAAAAACAAAUUAAUCUAUACCAAGAGAAAUUUGUUAAAUUUGAAGAACAGCAGAAGCGGGAUGAAGAGCGAAUAAGUGUUAUCGAAAAAUAUGAUAAAUUAAAUCGUCGUGUUUCUGACAUUUCAAAACAAAGACAAGAUGACGAGAGGCGUAUUUCUGUUACAGAAAAAUACUUAAAAGGUGAAAAACACCAAUUAUCUAUUUUACGGAAAUAUCUAAAGGAGAAUCAGUUAAGUAUAGCAGAGCUCAAGAAACGUCGCAUAACAACAAAAUAUGCCAUUGCUGAUUUAGAAAAUCAAGAUUAUUUUGUUCAACGUCGUAUUGUUCAGCUUACAAAACAGCAAGAAAUAAAUAUCCAACGCCUGGAUGUCCUCGAACAUCUACAGAGAGCUCGAAGACAGCAAAAAUCAUUUACAGGCCCAGUAGGUUUGACAAGAAAAAAAUAUUUGCUACCAGGGAAGAGCAGUUCAGCGGUUUCAGGAAAUUACACCAGACGUUUUUCUGUAGGAAAAGAGGAUGACGAAUUUUCGCUACGUUAUGAUAACGAUACAUUUGCAUUCCACGCAGUUCACACGAAAGAAAAAGGCAACACCCUGAGAUUCUCUGUGAUUCAAUUUGAUGAUGUUAUUACAAACAUUGGUGGUGCUUUUAACCCGAUUUCAAGUCAAUUCACGUGCCCUGUAAAUGGAAUUUAUGUGUUUGGAUGGACAGUACGCGUUUCUCAACAAUACCUGUGUACUGAUCUUGUAAAAAAUGGUAAUGUUGUCGCCACAGCGUUUUCAGGAGGUGAAAAUAUCGGAGACGUCAGUGUUUCAGGGAGUAGUUUGACUGUUGUAGAAUUGCAGGAAGGCGACAGGGUUUGGGUUCGAAACAAAAAGAACAAUAAAGUGAAAGUCAGUAUUCUACUGGAACUACAAGUGUAA